GGCGGACGGAGGUGGGGUGGGGGUGGGGUCUCUCCAGGGGUUCAACAUGAACAACAAAGAGGCCUCCACUGAGCUCUCCGAAAACAAUAACCACACAAAGAUGUUUUUGCCGAACAAACUCCUGGAAUGUGUGCCGAAGUGCACCGCGCUUCCCAGGGAGAGGCUGAGGUGGAACACGAACGAGGAGAUUGCUUCGUACUUAAUCACGUUUGAUAAGCAUGAAGAGUGGCUGUCUUGCUCCCUCAAAACAAGACCCCAGAAUGGUUCAAUCAUCAUGUACAACAGAAAGAAGGUGAAGUACCGCAAGGACGGUUACUGCUGGAAGAAGAGGAAAGACGGGAAGACGACCAGAGAGGAUCACAUGAAGCUGAAAGUGCAGGGCAUGGAGUGUCUCUAUGGCUGCUACGUCCAUUCGUCCAUCGUCCCAACAUUCCACAGGAGGUGCUACUGGCUGCUGCAGAACCCUGACAUUGUGCUGGUGCACUACCUGAACGUGCCGGCCAGCGAGGACUGUGGCAAAGUCUGCAGACCCAUCCUCUCCUCCAGCAACAGUGACCGCAGGGAGUGGCUCAAAUGGUCCAAAGAGGAACUCAUCUCCCAGCUCAGACCCAUGUUUCACGGCGUGAAGUGGACCUGUGGAAAUGGCAGCAGCACCGCGGAGUUCUGCAUCGAGCAGCUGGUGCAGCAGAUUCUGGAGAGUCACCAAGCAAAGCCACAGCCCAGGACCCACACCUGCCUCUGCAGUGGAGACCUGGGAACCCCAGGUAAUAUUCCUCACAAGUGCAACAGCACCAAGCACCGCAUCAUCUCUCCUAAAGUGGAGGAGGUACGGCCCUACCCCUCGUACCCGGCCCUGACCGAGGUGCAGAACCUUUCCUCGGGCGAGCCGAGGCCAGACUCGGACCAGGGAGGGGGCGAGGAGGGAGGAGGGGAGAAGAGGAAGCCAACACCUCAGCAACAGCACAAGCCCCUGCCUCACAGGGAGGGGGGGACGGCGCUGGGCACGCGGACGAGUCCCGGGCUCAGCAGUGCUGGGGAGGGCUCUCCCCUCUCUUACUCCUCCAGUCAGUCCUCUUUCUCCUCCUCCUCCUUCGCCGGCAGCCCCGACUCUGCCCAGAACUCCCCGGCAACUGGUGUCCUCGGCAACGGUCACUACGGGGAACAGUGCGUGACUGGCAGCCUACCUCAGAACGCAGUGAUCGUCAUGACGACGGGGCUAGGAGGAGGAAGAGCGGGCGGUAUGGUGGACAAUAAUGGGGUGACCCCCAGUCAGCAGCUGAUAGCGGCAGCAAAGACUAACGCUGUGGCUGCUGUUAGUACCAGCGCCCCCCUCUCCCAUUCCACUACCCAGCUCCCCCCGCACCCCGAGCUGGGACCCCCGAGAGCAGCCCCCGUCAUCCUAGCCCUGAUCCCGGGCUCCGUCAGCGGGCUGCUGCUUUCGGACACCCUGGACGCCAGCAUGGAAGUCACGGAUAGCAGCCCCGCUACCGCUGUUCCUGCACCAACCUCCGUCGGGACACCCCCUCCCGCCCCUGCUGCCUUCAACCCCGACUCCUUCCUCAACAGCCCCAGGCAGGGGCAGACCUACGGGGGCGCCGCCAACCAGGACUCCCUCUCCGUCAGCUUCUGCUCUCCGACUUCCAGACGCUCUCCGGGGGUAAGGAGCCUGGGCGAGGGGGAGAGGAGAGGGGGGGGGUGUUCUCACCCCCCCACCUGCUCCGUAACCACGGCAACAGGGACCGUUCAAACCCCCUCAGCUAACAACAACGGGGGCGCCCUCGUUAACAGUAACGGUAACGGCGCGGCCCCCUCUCUGUCUGCCAUCGCUCAGAUCUCCCCGCACUGUGCUGUAGCCGACUCCACAACCCCGAAAACCCUUUCCAGCCCGGUCUGCGUCUCCCUCUUCCCUUCCCCUUCCAAUCCUGCCUCCCCAACUUCUAACCCCACUUACCCAAGCAGCCUGGCAGCCCAAACGAUCCCCCGCAUGCCCCUAAGCCGGGUCUCUCUGGGGCCCAGCAGCCUGGUUGUGGUCGCCACCGCUGCCAUACCUCCGGAGCAGAUGGGCUGCCUCAACGGCAACCGAAGUGUCAAGAGCACCCAGCCGCCGGGCAACGGGAACCGCUUUUUCAUCCAAGACGACGAUGACGCUGCCGCCACCGCGGGGGAAAUCGGGGUCGGGGGAGCGCAUUCAGCACGACACAGGAAGAGGAGUUCCCCUGUCGACGUCAAAACCAGGAUCCAGGAUUGCAGCAGCUCGGCCAAAGAGGAAAUGCAGAAACCAGCUUUGAAUUUCCGAGCCGGCUGCGCAGAGGGGGAGACGCCCAUGGACACCAACGCUGACCCAGGGAGGCCGAGGGAGCGGGAGGGAGACAUGGGGCAGCUGGAAGGACACUCUCCUCCUCCUUCUUCCUCCUCCUCUUCCUCGUCAUUAUCCUCCUGUUCUGCCUCUGCCGGUGCUGGAGCUUCCGAGCCGGACGGAAACAACUCGACCGUAUCGGAUCUUUACAGCAUCAUACAGAGGAGCCUGGGGCCCGCGACCGCCCAGCCCAGUGGCGCCGGAACCGGACUCUGCAUGGAGGAGGAGCAGUUCGAGAUCUCCUUCGACAGCCAGUUUCCGGACCUGAUUUCAGAAUUCAUCUCGGAGGACGAAGAGAGGCGCGUGGGAGAAGAGCUGCCCUUCUGCACUUCCACUCCCUCUCCUCCUCCUCCUCCUCCUCCUCCUGCUUCUUCUUGCGGUACCGCAGUCCUCUCCAGCCCCCUACCCCACUCGCAGCCUUUUCCCAUUUUGAUAUCGUCGCCCCCAGUCUGCGUAGCCACCCCCGCUCUCGCUGGCACCGCAGUUCCCGGACUGGCCCCCGGGGGGCAGUAUCACCGGAGUCUAGUCACCGGCACGCAGCUGCAGCAGAUCUCCUCGCCCCACUUCCUCCCCUACCCCGAGCUGGCCGCCGGGGCUCCGUCGCCCCCUGCUGGAGGGAUGGAAGCAAGGCAGCUGGUGUCCAUCACAGAUUUUUCUCCAGAAUGGUCUUACCCAGAGGGCGGGGUGAAGGUGCUGAUCACCGGGCCCUGGAUGGAGGGGAGCGAGCGGUACUCCUGCCUCUUCGACCAGAUCACCGUCCCAGCCUCGCUCAUCCAGUCUGGGGUGCUGCGCUGCUACUGCCCUGCUCACGAGGCUGGGCUGGUGACUCUGCAGGUAGCCCAGGAGAACCACAUCAUCUCCUCCUCGGUGCUGUUUGAGUACAGAGCACGCAACUCCAAAACACUGCCGAGCACCCAGAUAGACUGGCUGUCUCUGGACGAUAAUCAGUUCAGGAUGUCGAUUCUGGAGCGACUCGAGCAGAUGGAGAAGAGAAUGGCUGAGAUGACAGCAUCUAAUCAGCAGCAGCAAGCAGCACUCAGGGAGAAAACGCACCUCCAGGCGGCAGACUCCUUCGAGGAGCGCAUCAUGGCGGUGUGUGAGAAGAUGAUGGCCCGGCCCUGCUGGCUGCGUUCAGAGAGGCUGCUUCACGAGACCAGCUUCAGAGGGAUGACUCUGCUGCACCUGGCGGCCGCGCAGGGCUACGGGAGGCUGAUCAAGACCCUCAUCCGCUGGAGGAGCGUGAAUCCGGAGAGUCUGGAUUUAGAGCAGGAAGUGGACCCCCUGAAUGUAGAUCACUUCUCCUGCACACCGCUGAUGUGGGCCUGUGCGCUGGGUCACCUGGAUGCCGCGGUGCUCCUGUACCAGUGGGACCGGCUGGCCCUCUCUAUCCCGGACUCGCUGGGCAGGCUGCCCCUGUGCGUGGCUCGAUCCAGGGGGCACGUUGGGCUGGCCAGCUGCCUGGAGGAUCUGGAGAGGCAGGAGCAGGGGCUGAGGGCCAGGGAGGAGGAGUCAGGAGACUGGAGGCAAGAGCCAGGACAGGGGCCGGUGUGGCCCGACGCGGAGGGAGGCAUUGGGAGUUCUGGGAGCACUGUUGCGGAGGGAGGCUGGCCGCACUGGACUGGGCACCCCCUCGAAGGGGCAAGGGUUUCCUCCCCACUCUCCACCAGCCCCGAUACAGGUAAGUGGUCAGAGUUCAGCUCUUUCCCCAGGGAGUCCUCCUCGAGCAGCCCCGACUCCGACCCCAGCCCCACGGAGCAGGAGGUGGCCAUGGAGAUCUCAGAGCCGGGGAGGGGGUUCGUGCAAGGGAAGAGCCUGCCCACAGACUCCCUGCAGGAUGCUGGGGGGGACCGGGGGAGGAGGGAACAGCCUCCACCGCACCUCCCUGCGUGGUACCUCCAGGAAGAGCCGGCCUCUCUCCAGACCAGGGCCUCGAUGCGAGACCCCCUGGAUGCGGAGCUGUUGAGCUACAGCGAGAACGUGGAGAACGAGGAGUGCCUGCCCGCCGGCGAAGUGCUGCAGGUGAGCCUGAUCACCCUGGCAGAGCAGAUCAUAAAAGCCACUCCAGACCGGAUCAAGCAGGAAGACUUCGGCUCAGCGGAGACGCCCCUGAAGGAGCGCCAGGACAACACCCCUGUCAGAGAGGGCAUGCCCUGGCUGGCCAGCUACCUGGAGAACAUGGAGCAGCUGCCAGCACUGACCCAGCACAGCGACCUGGUCUUUGACAAGCUGGACGUCCCCACCACUGCCGACUGGUCUGAGUUCCUGAACGCCUCGGCUGGUGGGAGAAUGGAGAGCGAGUUUGCGCUACUGACGCUGUCUGAUCACGAGCAGAGAGAGCUGUAUGAGGCAGCACGGAUCAUCCAGACAGCCUUUCGCAAGUACAAGGGUCGAAGGUUAAAAGAGCAACAGGAAAUGGCUGCAGCUGUGAUCCAGAGGUGCUACAGGAAGUACAAGCAGCUAACAUGGAUAGCUCUGAAGUACGCCCUCUACAAGAAGAUGACUCAGGCAGCCAUCUUGAUCCAGAGCAAGUUCCGCAGCUACUACGAGCAGAAGAAGUUCCAGCAGAGCCGGCGGGCAGCGGUUCUGAUCCAGCAGUACUAUCGCAGCUACAAGUACGAGAGAAUGAAGCAGGGCCACCGGUCCGGGGCCAGCAUGCAGCAGAAGAUGAAGGGAUCCUUUCUGACGAAGAAGCAGGACCAGGCGGCUCGGAAGAUCAUGCGAUUCCUGAGACGCUGCCGGCACAGGAUAAAGGAAUUGAAGCAGAGCAAGGAGUUGGAGGGCUUGCAGAAGAGGGGUCUGAGCAGCUAGAGGCAUGCUAGGACUGCACUGGGAUUGUCAUCUACUGCACGGAUAUUUACUGCUUUUUAAAAAUACUGAUUCCUCGGGAGAACAAAAAGGGCGGCUAAGCCACUGACCAAGAGGGGGAGACAGAGAGAGAUGUUUACUCAUCCUUUUUUUACGCAAUCCAAAACAAAAACAAAAAAAAAGUGCUUUUUUCUAUUUAAUGAAUUUGUGAAUGAAUUAAUGUUUGACUCUACUUCAGUCUUAAUUAAAAAGAAGGAAAACAACUUUGGACCGAAAAGGAAGCUACAAACACAGGCUGGAGGAAUUGUGAAACGAACAGGGUGCUGGCAGACGUUUCCACUAGAAGUCUUUCUCAGUGUCUUCAAUCGAAUUCAACGAAGCCUCUUUUUAGCACUUCCAGACUCAGCCCUGGUGAAUGUUGAGUAGCAACAGACCCUUUGCAGUUUGCGCACAGCAGUCUCUGUAGACCCUGUUGAUAAGAUGACAGGGUUUAUGCUUUGCUCUGUCGCUGUGCUGUGCUGUGCUGUGCUUUGUUUAUCCGUGCCCUUGCUGUUGACUUUUGUAUAUUUAGAGAGAGAGAGAGAGAGAGAGCCCUCUAAGCUGCUGGCUUUUAGUACAAGGUUCAAAUCUGUUCAAAAUGCCUUCAGACAGGAACACGCAAGUUUCUGUUCUCAUUCCUUAUUGGGGGGGGGGGGGGUCUGUUUCUUUUAAAGAAAAUCAAAACCAGCCCUUUCUGAACAUCUGCAAUCUAUUAUUAGGUCGUGCUGCCAUCUGCUGAUUUGAAACUGCAACUGCAACAGAAAAAAAAAAAAAUUCAAAGUUUUAUCACCUA